AUGGUAACUCUAACUCAACAACACACAUAUGACAUACCUACCAGUUCCUGCUACACACGUUUCCUUUCACAGUGACUAGUCCUUGAUUUCAGACACCAAACUCCAAUAACAGUCUCAACAAAACAACCAUAUUAAGAAACCCUUUCUUAACCCUCUUGUUUCGUCACAUGGGUGUCUCAAAUUUUUCAUCUUUCACAUCAUGAACAUCACAUAACCAUCAUGCUCUUACCUUAGCAAAUUUUCUUUGUAUCUUUAUGCUAAGUUGCUGCUAUUGCUAACUCUGUCCCUCUCAUAAGAUCCUAUCUAAAAAUUCAUGGCACCCUCAAUUGUUUUGUCUCUACUACCCCUUCUUCUGGUUUCAACUUGUUGUUAUGCGCAACCCCUUGAAGAGGGUUUUAUCUCUGGGGUCAUAUCUGACAAGGGUCUUGAAUAUGCCAAGGAGUUGUUGAUAGAGAAAGGUAUUGCCUCCAUUGUUAUGCUUCAGCUGCCAGAGAUUGAGAAUUCUGCCCAAGUCCCUUUGGUUGGAAAUGCUAAAGUGGUUCUUUCUGACAUCACAAUCAAGGAUGUUGAAGUCAAUUCUUCAUCUGUUAAGACUGGGGAGAGUGGCAUUGUUCUAGUGAUUUCAGGUGCCAUUGCUAAUAUGAGUAUGAGGUGGAGGUACACUGUCAGCUCUUGGUUAAUCCCAUUUGGAAUUUCAGAUAGUGGGAAUGCUUCAGUGAAGGUUACAGGUAUGCAAGUGGGACUCACAGUAAAUAUAAGGAACCAAGAAGGAACACUUAAAUUGGCUCUCUUAGAUUAUGGAUGUUAUGUGGGAGACUUAUCUAUAAAGUUGGACGGUGGUGCAUCUUGGCUUUACCAAUUGCUGGUAGAUGUUUUUGAAGGGGAUAUAACAUCUGCAGUUGAAGAGGGUAUUUCAGAGAAAAUAAAAGAAGGGAUAAUGAAUCUUGAUCAUUUUUUGAAAUCUCUUCCAGAGCAGAUCUCACUAGACAAAACUGCUGCACUAAAUGUUUCUUUUGUUGGCAAUCCUGUGUUGAGUAACUCCUCUAUUGCUAUUGCAAUUAAUGGUUUAUUCACAGGGAAAAAUGAAGUUUUAGUACCUCAACGUUACUACCAGAAAGGAAUGAAGAUUUCUGCUGCCUGUGGUGGUUUACAAAAGAUGAUAAAGGUUUCAAUACAUGAAAAUGUGUUCAAAUCUGCUUCCCUAGUUUACUACAAUGCAGGUAAAAUGCAAUUGAUUAUUGAUGAACUGCCUGAUCAGGACAUUUUGAACACUGCUGAAUGGAGAUUCAUAGUUCCCCAAUUAUACAAGCGAUAUCCAAAUGAUGACAUGCAACUUAAUAUCUCUAUAUCUUCUCCACCAGUUAUACAAGUGACCUACCAAGACAUUGGUGCAACUAUUUUUGUAGAUAUAACGAUUGAUGUUCUGGAAGACGGUGAAGUCAUACCUGUUGCAUGCAUCUCAGUGGAAAUUAGUGCUUCAUGUGCUGUGGAAAUUGAAGGAAACAAUAUUGCUGGUUGGCUCAGAUUACAAACAUUUUCUGCAUACUUGAAGUGGAGCAAAAUAGGGAAACUGCACGUGCGUCUGAUCCAGUCACUAAUGUCAAGUGUCCUCAAAACUGUUGUCCUUCCAUACCUGAACUUCAAAUUAAAGAGAGGAUUCCCAUUACCAAUUAUUGAUGGUUAUGGCUUUCAGAAUGCAAUUAUCUUGUACAAUCAUCCAUGGAUUAUGGUGUGUAGUGAUGUUUCCUUCUUAGAAGAUUACUAUCUAGGUCAACAGUUAGCUUAUGUUUCAUAAAAUAUAGCUACAUUAAAAAAUUUGCCUGCUGUAUUAUUGUGGUAAGAAGGUUGUAAAUGAAGAAUAUAUAUAGAAACCCAUUUGUAAGUUACUCGUGUACAUUUCACAAUUAGUAUACCUUUUGGAUUUAGCCUUGUAUACACAUACAUCCUGCCAUGAAGAUUACUUGUUAAAAAUCUAUACCAUUAUUUUUGUGUCA